UUCCGCCCGAGCGGGGUCCCCAGGGCCUGCGCGCACCUGCGGGGGCGCCUCCGCCGUUUCCUGCUCCCCCGACCCCGAGGCCGGCGCGACCCGGACAUCAGAUGAGCAUCCGCGCCCAGCCGGGUGCCAGCCGGGUGACCGCCCCCGACCGCUCCCUUAAGCCGAGUCCUCAGCACCGGGUCGCAGCCCCGCGUUCCGGCCCCAGGCUGCGGACUACACUUCCCAAGGGGCGCUGCGGCCGCGCCUCGCUCCCAGAGUGCCUCGCGCCCCUCGCCCCCGCCCCCCCCCCCCCUCCUGGAGCCGCCGCGGGCGGAGGCGGAGCUGCGCGCAGGAUGCCCGAGGGCCCUGAGCUGCACCUGGCCAGUCAGUAUGUGAACCAGGUGUGCACCCGGCUGGUGUUCGGAGGGCGAGUGGAGAAGUCAGCUGUCAGCCGCAACCCCGAGGUGUCCUUUGAGAGCAGCGCCUACCACAUCUCUGCGGCUUCCCGGGGCAAGGAGCUGCGACUGACCCUGUGCCCCCUGCCCGGGGCCCAGCCCCCUCAGGAGCCACUGGCCCUGGUCUUCCGGUUCGGGAUGUCUGGCUCCUUCCAGCUGGCGCCUGGCGAUGCCCUGCCCCCCCACGCCCACCUGCGCUUUUACACUGCUCCGCCCGACCCCCAGCUGGCCCUGUGCUUCGUGGACGUGCGGCGCUUCGGCCGCUGGGACCUCAGCGGGCAGUGGCAGGCGGGCCGCGGGCCCUGUGUCUUGCGCGAGUAUGAGCAGUUCAGAGAGAACGUGUUACGAAACCUGACGGACAAGGCCUUUGACCGGCCCAUCUGCGAGGCCCUCUUGGACCAGCGUUUCUUCAAUGGCAUUGGCAACUACCUACGGGCAGAGAUCCUGUUCCGGCUGAAGAUACCCCCCUUUGAAAAGGCUCGCACAGUCCUGGAGGCACUGCAACAGCGCAGGCUGAGCCCGGAGCUGACCCUGAGCCAGAAGGUCAGGGCCAGGCUGCAGAACCCCGACCUACUGGAGCUGUGCCACUCUGUGCCCAAGGAAGUGAUCCAGCUGGGGGGCAAAGGCUACGGGCCAGAGGAUGGAGAGGAAGACUUUGCUGCCUUUCGAGCGUGGCUGAAGUGCUACAGCCUGCCGGGCAUGAGCUCCCUGCGUGACCGGCACGGCCGUACCAUCUGGUUCCAGGGGGACCCUGGACCCCUGGCACCUAAAGGGGGCAAGUCUCGAAAGAAGAAACCCAAGGCAGCCCAGUUGAGUCCCGAGGACACAGUGGAGGUACAGAACUCUUCAACCCCAAACAAGGCCACUCUCAGGACACGGCAGACACGAAGACGCCUUCCGUCUCAGCCAACCACAGCCCAGGAGACCAGCCUUCAAGAGGGCCCAGAAAUGCCCCCAAGACUCAGGGAAGGGAAGAGGAGGGGAUGGCCAACAGCCUCAGGCCGCCGCCACAAAGGCCGGAAAAGCAAAGCUGAUACCUCUCCAGCCAUGGAGCUUGAGGGGGCCUUGGCCUCUUAGGAGGCUCUCCUAGUCUGCAUCCACCACUUCCUGCAGCCUGGUCCCAGACCUGCCCUAGACCUGUGGUGGUACCUGCAAAGAGGAUGCUUUUAAUUGUGCUCCACCAUCCCUAUUUUUUAAGCCUAUAGAAAACGCUGUUCUACAUAAAUAAAUA